AUGUCUUUACCUUCAACCUCCUACCUUCUUCAGUCGAUCCUUGUUACUGGUGCUUCUCGUGGCAUUGGUCUUGAAUUUGUUAAACAGUUGCUUCAAAAGACUUCUUGUCACACGGUCUGUGCCACUUGUAGAAAUCCAUCCAAAGCAGCAGAAUUGAAUGAGUUGAAGCAACAAUUCGCCGAUCGCUUGAUGAUUGAGACAUUGGACAUCACUGCUGACGACUCAAUCACUCGUUUUGUAUCUCUCAUGAGCAAUAAGGGUAUCAAGUUUACCUUACUCUUUAACAACGCAGGUAUCAUGAAUUGGUCUGACUCAAUGAACGAAACCACUCGCCAAGAAAUGUUAAAGACAUUUGAAACCAACACUAUUGGACCAGUAUUGGUUUCACAAAAGAUUUACAACCAUCAAUUAUUGGAGAAGGGAGCUCUAAUUGCCAAUCUCUCAAGCAUUUUGGGUUCUAUCGAAUUGGUACAACCGUAUCAGGCAAAUUUUACGAGUUAUGUUGUCUCUAAGGCAGCAUUGAACAUGGUCAGUAGACUACAAAGUACGGCAUGGAAAGACGUUUAUACCAUUUCCUUUCAUCCUGGAUGGCUACAGACUGAAAUGGGGGGCUCUGGAGCUGAUCUUCCUGUUGCCGUUGGAGUUUCUGGAAUGAUCAAGGUCAUUGAACAGUUUGAUCCUGAAACUCAAAAUGGACAAUUCAUCCAGUACGAUGGAAAGCAGCUCGCAUGGUAA